UCCAGUCGGUGCUCUUUCAAUCCUGUUUGUUGCGAGAACCUGAGCUCUAGGCCUUGUAGCAUUAUUUUCAGUUAUGUCUGGCCGCGGAAAGCAAGGAGGCAAGGCCCGUGCCAAAGCCAAGUCGCGCUCGUCCCGCGCAGGUCUGCAGUUCCCGGUGGGGCGAGUGCACCGUCUGCUACGCAAAGGCAACUACGCCGAGCGGGUGGGGGCCGGCGCGCCCGUCUACAUGGCGGCAGUUCUCGAGUACCUGACCGCCGAAAUUCUGGAGCUGGCGGGCAACGCGGCCCGAGACAACAAGAAGACGCGCAUCAUCCCUCGUCACCUGCAGCUGGCCAUCCGCAACGACGAGGAACUGAAUAAGCUGUUGGGCAAAGUCACCAUCGCCCAGGGUGGCGUUUUGCCCAAUAUCCAGGCCGUUCUAUUACCAAAGAAAACUGAAAGCCACAAAGCCAAAAGCAAAUAAAUCCAGACAAAGUGAACCAAA